AUGGCGCAACCACGGAAUAAUCCUUUUGCUAGGACCUCGCCCGGUCCUAGCAGCGGCCGGCCGAAAUCCGCAGUCUUCUCAUCACCGUCUCCGCUGUCAGCCGUUACCACGCCCGUAUCGCACGUCAGAAACCAUUCCACUGCCUCAGCAGCACCCGCAGCAGCACCUGCGGCAUCUGCGGCACCUGCGGCCCCUAUCAUGUUCUCAGGCACCGGCCACUUCCGUCACAAUCGCUCCGACUCGAGAAACAGUGGCUCUGGUUCCGGGACCUUUGCGCCUUCCUUCAUCAAGACGGAGGAGAUGCGCCGUGGUUCUGACACAGUCAAAGGCAUCGAGGGCGAGAACGACUUCUCCGGAAAACGUUAUGUGUGGCUUAAGGACCCGCAAGCUGCUUUCGUAAGAGGUUGGGUGGUUGAGGAGACAGGAGGCAACAAGAUACUCGUUCAGUGUGACGAUGGUACACAACGAGAAGUCGACGCUGAAAGCGUCGACAAGGUCAAUCCCGCCAAGUUCGACAAGGCAAACGAUAUGGCUGAAUUGACCCAUCUGAACGAGGCGUCUGUCGUGCAUAACCUCCACAUGAGAUACCAAGCCGACCUCAUCUACACCUAUUCCGGCCUCUUCUUGGUCACAGUCAACCCCUACUGCCCACUACCCAUCUACACAAACGAAUAUAUCAAUAUGUACAAGGGGAGGAGUAGGGAAGACACCAAACCACACAUCUUUGCCAUGGCCGACCAUGCUUUCCGCAAUCUGGUAGACGAAGGCGAGAAUCAGAGUAUUCUUGUUACCGGCGAGUCCGGUGCUGGUAAAACCGAGAACACCAAGAAGGUGAUCCAGUACCUUGCAGCCGUCGCGCACUCCGAGUCCCCCGUAAAGAAUAAGUCUCAGCAGUCCAACCUGUCGCAACAGAUCCUCCGAGCCAACCCUAUCCUUGAGGCCUUUGGUAAUGCUCAGACGGUGCGUAACAAUAACUCUUCACGAUUCGGCAAAUUCAUCCGGAUCGAGUUCAACAAGGCAGGUGCCAUUUCUGGCGCCUUCAUCGACUGGUACCUCUUGGAGAAGUCUAGGGUGGUGAGGAUCAACGGGCAUGAGAGAAACUACCACAUCUUCUACCAGCUUCUCAAGGGCGCAGACAGGAAGAUGAAGCAGGAAUUCCUCCUUGACGGCUUGGAUGUCGAGGACUUUGCUUACACGCGCGCUGGCCACGACACAAUCGUCGGCGUCUCCGACCGCGAAGAGUGGGACUCGUUGAUGGAGGCCUUCAACGUCAUGGGCUUCUCAGACAAGGACCAGAACUCAAUCAUUCGCACAAUCGCCGCCGUGCUACACCUCGGAAAUAUCUCUGUCGUCAAGGAAAGUCGUGCCGCAGAUCAAGCCCGGCUGGCACCUGAUGCCAAGGAACAGGCAGCCAAGGUUUGCAAGCUCCUUGGUGUUCCGCUCGAGCCAUUCCUGCAGGGCCUGCUUCACCCCAGAGUCAAGGCUGGCCGUGAAUGGGUUGAAAAGGUUCAAACUCCCGAGCAGGUCCGACUGGGACUCGACGCGUUGUCCAAGGGUAUCUACGAGAGAGGUUUCGGUAAUCUCGUGACUCGCAUCAACCGUCAACUGGAUCGUACAGGCAUGGGCAUCGACGACUCGCGCUUCAUUGGUGUCCUGGAUAUUGCUGGUUUCGAAAUCUUCGAAGAGAACAGCUUUGAGCAGCUUUGCAUCAACUACACCAACGAAAAGCUCCAGCAGUUCUUCAACCAUCACAUGUUUGUGCUCGAGCAAGAAGAGUACGCGAGGGAACAGAUUGAAUGGCAGUUCAUAGACUUUGGACGCGACCUUCAGCCCACGAUUGACCUCAUCGAAUUACCCAACCCCAUUGGUAUCUUCUCUUGCUUGGACGAAGACUGUGUGAUGCCCAAGGCCACAGACAAGUCAUUCACCGAAAAGCUCAACUCCUUAUGGGACAAGAAAUCGAAUAAGUAUCGCCCUUCUCGACUCGGCCAAGGCUUUAUCCUCACGCAUUAUGCGGCGGAAGUCGAGUACUCCACCGAAAGCUGGCUGGAGAAGAACAAGGAUCCGCUGAAUGAUAACAUCACUCGCCUCCUUGCUUCCUCUACUGACAAGCAUAUUGCCGAUCUAUUCGCCGACUGCGCCGAUGUCGACGACGAUCUAGGUGCCAGCCGCAACCGGGUCAAGAAGGGAUUGUUCCGGACUGUCGCACAGCGCCACAAGGAGCAGCUCCACAGUCUGAUGGCACAGCUUCAUUCUACCCAUCCUCACUUCGUCCGCUGUAUUCUGCCCAACCACAAGAAGAAGCCCAAGCAGUUCAACAAACUGCUCGUGCUUGAUCAGCUGCGGUGUAAUGGUGUUCUCGAGGGUAUCCGCAUUGCCCGGACGGGCUUUCCUAAUCGCCUUCCUUUUGCCGAGUUCCGUCAACGCUAUGAAGUGCUUUGCAGAAACAUGCCCAAGGGCUAUCAAGAGGGUCAAGCUGUAGCGGCCAUGAUGCUUGAGAAGCUUGGCCUAGAUAGGAGCUUGUACCGCGUGGGCCUUACGAAGGUCUUCUUCCGAGCUGGUGUGCUAGCCGAACUGGAAGAACAGCGUGAUGCCCUUAUCACCGAAAUCAUGUCUCGAUUCCAGUCAGUUGCACGUGGCUACAUCCAGCGACGAGUCGCUUACAAGAGGCUGUUCCGGACUGAGGCCACCCGCAUCAUCCAGAGAAACUUUAACACCUACCUCGACCUGAUGGAGAAUCCGUGGUGGCAGCUUGUUAGCAAGAUGAAGCCACUCCUGGGCGCUACUCGUAGUGCAACAGAGGUCAAGAAGAGGGACGCAAUGAUCCGCCAGCUUCAGGACAAGAUGAAACAAGAAUCUGAUGAUCGCCACAAGCUGGAAGAGGAUCGCCGAAAUGUACACAACGAGAUGGUCCGAAUUCAACAGACCUUGGAAAGUGAACGUGCCCUCGCGUUGGACAAGGAAGAGAUCUUCAAGCGCCUACAAGUGAGAGAAGCAGAACUCGAAGAGAAGCUCUUCGGCGCCAUAGAAGACCAAGAGAGGCUGGAGGACCAACUUGACGACCUACUAGAAGCCAAGAAGAGGGCCGAGCACGACGUUGAAAAGUACCGGGCUCAACUGGAGCAAGCUGCACUACUUAUCGCACGGCUAGAGCAGGAGAAGUCAGAGCUCUCAGAACGCACCGAAGAGCUGGAGCGCUCUAUCGAAGAGAUUUCGCAGAAGCAAUCGGAGCGUAGCGAACAGGAGAGACUGCUCGAGGACGAGAUCAAGAUGUUGCAGAGCCAGCUCAGUCUCAAGGAUCGCAAAGCACGGGACUUGGAGAGCAAACUCCUCCAGAUCGACCAGGACCUCGAGGUCAAAUUGCGGACAGCACAGAAAGAUUUGCAAUCGUCAAAGUCGAGAGAAUCCCAACUGGCUCUCGAGAACCGCCAGGUCCAACAGCAACUUUCUGAACUAUCCAAGACUUCGACCGACUACGAGGAUCUUGUCCGCAAGAAAGAGAGCGAAUUGUCCGUUCUUCGGGGAGACAACAAGAAGUUUGAGAUGGAGCGUCGUACCUUUGAGGAGCAAAAGAAGGUUCUCGUCUCCGAGAAGGAGACCGCUGCAUCCAAGCUUCGCGAAGUCCAGGCCGAGAUCACAGCCAUCAAAUCACAACAGUCUCAGCUUGAGAGGGAAGCCGAGGAUGCCAAGAAACUUCUCGAAACACGGCUUUCUGAAGAUGCCCAGGCAGACGAGAAUCGCCAAGUCUUGGAAGCUCAGAUCAAGGACCUCAAGGACGAGCUCUUCAAUAUUCAAAAGGAGCUUAGCAGGGAGAGGCAGUCACGCGACGACGUCCUCCUACUGAGCGAGCACAAGUUCAACGCCUUACAAGAAGAGUACGAUCAUCUGAACGAAUCGAAGAUCAUUAUAGAGAAAGAGCUGUACGUUCAGCAAGAUAACCUGCGUCGAACCAAGGAAGCCCGCGACACCGCCGAACGGGAACGCGACGAAGCGAGACAGGAGAUCAGACGUCUCCGGGUCGCCAAGACUCAAGCCGAGGAAGCUCGCGUGCAGGCCGAGAUUGAAGGCGAACGGGCUGCUUCUCGGGCUGCUCGAGAGAGAGAGGAGAGCCUUCGGAAAGAUCUCGAGGCUGCUCAGGAAAGGUUGAAGUGGUUCGACAACGAGUGCGCCAAUCUCAAUCAUCAAGUCGAGGAUCUCAAUAAGCUUAUCCUUUCUUCUGGAGAGUUUGGUCUAAAGAACGAUCAGGAGAAGGAGAGACUCGAGCGCGAGCUGGUCACUGUCAAGGGUCGCCUCAAAGCCUCGGAGAACGACAAUCGUGCCCUUCUCAACAAGCUCCAGCAGAAGGGGCUGGAAAUCGCCCGCUCAAGUUCAAGAGCCAGCGAAGCUUCAAGAAGUCAAGUGCUGGGUCUGCAACGUGAAAAGACCCGAGCCGAUGAACAAAAUGCUCAGCUGAACAAACAGCUUGGCGAAGCUCAAUUCACCAUCGCUGGCCUCGAGAAGAAGGCCGAGAAGUUGCAGCUCAACCUGGAGGAUCUCAACCAUGAAGUGGCCCGAGAAGCUAAGGCUUCGAGGAAUGCCGAGAAGACGGCAUCGACUGCUACUGCGCAACUUGCGGAGGCCAAUCGCACCAUCGAGUCUGAGCGCCAGCUCCGUACACAGGCUCAGGCCACUGUCCGAACUCUGCAAACUACCAUGGAAAGUAGGGAGAAGGAAUUGCAAGAGCUGAGGGCGCAGAUGCUCAAGGUCCUCAAGACGGUCGAUCCCGACGUUGUUGUCCCGCCUCAAGCAGACGGCACAAACGAGGGCGUGCUUAGCAAGAACUUCGAUCUGGUUAGGAAAGUCGAGGAUCUCCAGCAGAACCUUCGGGUCCAGACGGCUGCUAGAACAAAUGCCGAGACCCAGUUGGCGGAGCUGCGCUCUUCUCGCAUGGAAUCUCCUAUGAGGCCCAAGCUGGAAGAGAUCAGCCCUAACGAGGCCCCUUUCAAUGGUUCGCCCACCUUUAGGCGAUCCAAGAUGCAGAAUCGUCAGUACUCGAACAACUCGACGCCCACCCGCCGUUUCGAGCCAGAGAAUAUGGACUCAGCUCGCUCUGACAAGACUGCGGAUAUCCUGAGCUUCAACAACCGCAUGGAUCUCAAGGCCGAGGUUGAGGAGUUGCAGAACCAGCUUCAGAUUGCUGAGAUGCAAAAUCGACACCUCCAAAGCCAGAUCGAGCGCGGUUCCUCGCCCCCGGAGGAAUUCGACGAGAACUCGUCUGUUCUUCGAGUGCAAAAGUUGGAGAAGGUCAACAGCCGCCUGCACGACAUGCUGGACGACUCUGCAAGGAAGGUGUCGGCUCUGGAGCGGAGUGUGAGGACCGGCGAGUUGUCCCUGCGUGAUAUUCAGACCCGAUCGCACGAAGAGAUCCUGGACGCGCUCAACAGCCAAGAGGAGGCGCGUCGCUCACUUCUGCAUAGCCACAGGGAUGCCAUCUCGGAACUUUCGGACGUCAAGAACCAUUUCGAACGGAUGCGCCACGACCGAGCUGCCCUUGAAGUCGAGCUUCGGGACACCACAUCCGAACUCGAGGAAAUGAGCCUGGCUCGCGAGCAAGAGGCUGCCAGCCGCAGUCAGCUCUUGCAGGACUUCUCUGAUCUGCAGAUUCAAGUCGACAACCAGACUUCCAAACUCGCCGACGUUGGGUCCAGCUUGAACCUAUACAAGAGUCGUGCAGAUGAAUAUUUCAGUAAACUGGAGCAAGCCGAGAUUGCCGUUUUGAAGGCCAACCGAGCGGAAUUGUUUGCCAAGACGCAGGCUAAGGAGGCCGAGGAGACGUAUGCCGAGGUCAUGUCCGAAAGAGAAAAGAUGGACGCCACUAUUGAGGACCUUCAACGCCAGAACCAGAGGCUUGAAGAGAAGCUCGAGGACGUUUCGACCGAUUUGGAUGCCGCAAGUCAAGCUAAGAAGCGUCUUCAGCACGAGCUCGAGGACUACAGGAACCAGAGAGCCAACGAUAUCGAGGACAAGGAAACCAGCAUGGAGCAAACACGCAAGAAGUACCAAGCCGAGUUCGCCACAUUGACCAAGGAGCUCGAUCUGGCCCGCGAGGAGAAACUCUUCAAGCAAGCCGAGAUUGCUCGCUUGCGGGAGGAGCUUGAUGAGCUCCGCUCUAAGUGGGACGACGAAGUUCUCAACAGCUCGACCUGGUCCAAGGAAAAGGCCCGGCUGGAGUCAACUCUGGCUGAUGUCGUCUCGUCACGCGAUGAGGCGGUCAACGCCCACAGCGAGGCCCAAGGCAAGGUUGUGACUUUGCUUUCCCAGGUUCGGUCUCUCCGCGCCUCUGUGGACGAAGUCACUUCUGAGCGAGAUCUUCUUGUCCGGGAGAAGCGCAGCAUCGAGGCUCGCCUUGAGGAAGCCAAGGCUGGUCUGGAAGAUCUCACCAACGGCGACAGCGCAUCACUCCGCGACGCCGCCAACCUGGACAAGGAAAUGUUGGAGUUGAAGUCCAGCCUGGCUCAGCAUGAAGACAUUGCUGCUGCUGCAGUGGAGAAGAUGAGACGCGCCGAGGCACUGGCUGCGGAAAUGCAAAAGGAGGCCAUGGUUGAGCGCGAGGCCAGCACACAGCUCCAGAAGGUUAAGGCCACCCUGGAGAAGUCUUUGAACGAGAUUCAGAUCAAGUUGGUCGACCUUGAGACCAAGGGCUACUCAAGCGCUAGCCAAGAUAUCAAGUUUUUGCACAAGCGCAUCCAAGAGCUUGAGUCUCAGCUUGAGGAGCAUGAGAAUGAGAAGAACAAGUCUCAGCGAUCGGUUCGAAAUGUUGACCGGAUCGUCAAGGACCUCCAAGGUCAGAUCGACCGCAAGGACAAGCAGAACACACAGCUGCAAGACGAUGUUGCCCGCAUGCGUGACAAGGCGGAAAAGCUCCUGCAAACGAUCGAGGAGCUUCAGUCGUCCGAGUCGGAGAACCAGCUUCAGGCACGCCGUGCUGAACGGGAACUCCGCGAGGAGAAGGAGAGGUCGAUGCGCCUGGAGCGUGAGCUCGAAGGCAUCAAGGCAUUGAGAUUCGAAAAGGGGGCGGCGUCCGCGAUGGGAAGCGUCCGCGGUGCGUGGCGCACAGGGUUUAGUGUUGAUGAUGACACCGCCUCCAUGAUUUCUGUACCCAAGCGGAAGAGCAGCCUUAGUCGGGCACCGAGUCUCACCAAGGGGUUCUUGUAA